AGGCGCCUCGGCAGUGAAUAAGCCUUUUUCGGUUAUCUCUUUUUAUUUUAGUAAUAAGUAUUAAAUUAAUGUAAUACCGACAAUUGAUUUAGAUAGUUAUAUUAAACGCGAGAGUAAACGUAGGUGUCGUUUUUUUGGUCAUUUUAAGACACGCGAGACCAUUCGCUAAAAUCAAAGUUGAGGCUCGAGGCCCACGAGCUUGCACGAAGAGCUUGGAAAAGUUUUGUUGUUGUCAUGUGACGAGAUACGUACGUGCUGAUAAAGUGUGGCUAUCUAUUUGUAUAUUUUACUUUCACAUAUUUGAUUUAAGCGUUUAACAGUUUUUUUUUCAAAGAAUGCCUCAACCAAAAUAUAGGAAGAUUGCUGUGUUGGGAUACCGAUCAGUGGGAAAAUCAUCUCUAACGAUUCAGUUCGUCGAAGGACAGUUUGUAGACUCCUACGACCCUACAAUCGAAAAUACGUUUAAUAAAAUGGUGUCUGUGAAUGGACAAGACUUUAAUCUUCAACUGGUUGACACUGCUGGACAGGAUGAGUAUUCCAUUUUCCCACAGUCUCACUCAAUGGACAUUCAUGGUUAUGUUCUGGUAUACUCUGUCACUUCAAUGAAAAGCUUUGAAGUGAUUCAAAUUCUUCAUGACAAGCUGCUUGACAUGGUUGGAAAGAUACAGGUGCCUACUGUUCUGGUUGGAAACAAAAAAGAUCUUCACAUGGAAAGGGUGAUUAAACCAGAAGAAGGCAAGAAGUUAGCUGAUUCUUGGGGUGCUGCCUUUAUGGAAUCGUCUGCUAAAGAAAACCAGACGGCUGUAGAGGUUUUUAAGCGGAUUAUUCUGGAAAUGGAGAAAGCAGAUGGAAAUGCCCAAUCAGAGGAGAAGAAAUGCUUGGUGAUGUAGGUGCUGACUCCCUUUCAAAGACAUACGGUGAAUGCUCCCUGGCCACAGUAAGGGGAGAUGACUUCUCCAGCCAGCAUGCCACAGUAUGGUGGGGCUACAGGUCCCAAAUCCCACCCACUUCCUCACAGCAAAUGGGACGGUUCUUGUAUGAAAUGAAGAAAAACACAGUAAGUGAGGAGUUGUCCAAAACAAAAGGGAGAAAAAAAACCAAAAGUAUCUACUGUAGCCUUAAUUACACUACUGACUGUUUGCAGUUAAAAUGCUUAAAGGUCCAUUCAAAGCACAAUUUUGCUAAAAUGGGGAUUCUGGAGCCACCAAGAUUUUAUUAAAGCAAUGCCUCUUAAUUUAGACUUAAUAAACUGGUAAAUGGUGAUUAAACUGAUGCAGCCAACUACUGUUGGCUAAAAUGCCUGACACAGUUUGCGGCAAUGAAUGAAAGGUGUUGAAACGUGCUUUAUGUAUACAUGCAUAGGAGUGUUUACAUACAGUGGUAAUGUGGGCAGAUGUUACUUUUGGUUUGUGCAGUAUAAGCACCUUGCCUCACCUAAAACCCCACUUUAAGUACAUGGCGAGUUGAGCAAUCCCACAUCUAUUAGUAUAGCAGGUGGCAUGUGUUUGUUUGUUUGUUUUGUUGUUUGGGGUUUGUUUUUUUUUUUUCAGUGCCACCUGUAGCUGGAAUGUAUAUGCACCUCAGUUGCCUUUUACAGUAGUUGCUGUGGCAACAAAACAACUUUUUGACUGUGUUUCAGAUGGUUCACUCUGUUCCUGUGCUGAAUUCAUUAUUUUUAUUCUCAAUUUUAUAUAUAUAUAUUUUUUUUUUUUUUCACUUGACAGAAUCUUUCAUCCUAACUUUUCAAGGGCAUAUGAUUUACUAAAGAUGUAUUGUCGCAGUCAGUGUAUGCUUGGCCUUUAUUCUGUUAGUUUAUCUUUUUGGUUCCUUUUUCAAACGCCAGUUUUUCCAAGUUAAGUACUUCAUCCUGCUGCAAUUGAUGUGUGUCAUAUUUGUGGAAAUUGUACUAAGAAAUAAUGCAGAAACGUUCUGCGAAACAGAUACUUGCUUCAAAAGUCUAUGGAAGCUAGAUUCCACCAUAAACUGACUUUUGAAUAAACAAGAACCUCAAGUUCCCCAGUGUAAUGAAUUCUUCAGGAUUAGUGUGCUCUUAAUCUGUUUUAAUUUCAGUUUGGUUACUUUGUGAAUUUAGCUAAUUGGCAAGUGCAUAUUAACAAUCUCAUAUUAAAUAAACAUCUUUAAAAGUAAUUUUAACUAAAGUAACUCCAUCAGGCUGGGUGUUGAUCAGUUUAAAGAUUUUAUUUGAAGUCAUAAAUGUAUUUUAAAGAUGGUUGGCCAACAGGAGCUGAAACAAGAGCUACCAAUGAAGUCGUGAGACAAAGUAGUUUGGGGUCAGGAGAUGCGAAAGUCAAUAAACCAGACGAACAAUGAUUAGGACUUUCUAGUGUAAUUCCUGUCUUUCACUUCUCCAUCCCAAACUGCAGUGUCACAUUACUGGUAAUUCCAUUUCUAGAUUGUCUUCUAGAUACAUGGAGCUUUAGAGAAUGCUGGUCAAAACAUCCAUAUUAUGCAAUCACAUAUUGUCUUAAGAUUUAGUACGUAAUGCUCCUUUAAAUAAUUUGGUGGUGUGUUGGGUUGUUUGCUUGUUUUACACUUCCUCUGUAUACUAGAAGUGAAAAGAUGGUUGUUUGAAAAUGCAUUACCAGUAUGAAGGUCAUAUUUCCUCUGCAAGCUAAGACACUCUGCAAAACUGUAAACUGCUAAAAAUAGAAGUAUAAUGCAUUUCAGGUGGUUUGUGGCAUAGUUUACACCUGAUUGGUUUGAUUUUGCUUCCUGGAAAUUAGCAUGUGGUAUUUCUCUAAACCCAAAGCAUCAGCCACACUUAAUUUUUCCUGGUUUCGGGUAGUGGAUACCAAAGCCUAAUAAAUUCUGAUACCAUAAUAGAAUCUGGUAAUGCUGUUAAGUGCCUUACCUUGAACCACCUCCUGUUCUAUACCCUUAUCUAAACUGUUAUCUUCCUGUCCUCUUCCUGCGCUGUGAAAUCUCGGGAAGACUGCUCUCUCGUUCAAUGCGAGAGAGUACAAAAACUUCAUUGAUUGAUUAAAGAGGAAGACACGUGGGGUGGUGUUCAGAUUUCCGUGUAAAUUUUUUUUUUUUUUUUUUUUUUUUUUUUUUCCCUUCCCCACCCUACAGAGUAACCUGGUUAAUAACUUCCCUUGUUUUGCUAUUACAGCAUGCUACAUAGACCACAUUGUCUGGAUCUCAUUAUGAAAUUGUUAGAUAAUAAAAUAUAUACGUUCUCACAGGUUCAUUUGAAAACAAUCAUGUUUCCACUUUUGGCAUCGCUUGAUAUGAAAUGGAUAAUUAUUUCUGUUGGUCAACAUGCUUCUGCAUGAGGAAGGGCAGAGUUUCUUGGCACAAAAUAUACAUCCCCAUAAUUUACAUUGGUAAAACAUAUAAGGGGAGACAAUAAACAUAAAUAAAUCCCCAAUAUCUGGUCUGUUGUUUCAGGCUGCCAAAAUCCCUUUUUGGACAUAAGAAUUGACAUCCCCUAAUUGUUCUAAGUUUCAGGUCCUCUUUCAGGGUUUUUUUUCUCCUUUGUCAGUUUGUAUUCAUGGUGAAUCUAUUGUAAUGCACCAAAAACACCCAUACCUGUGCUGUGGGGGGUUACAGUUCAUGCAGAAAAUCAUGCUGUAAACAGUUUUGUAAAUACAAAUAAACAAUACUCCUUUCCA